AAUAAAACAAAAAAAUUAAAAUACGAAAUUGAAAAAGAUUAAACAAACUAUUCCCUAAACUCUUUUCUUGAUCCCAACAUAAUACAAAAAUCAAUCUCCGUUUUUAUCGUUUUCCCAAUUUUCGCCCAGUUUCUUCAACGAUCGACGACGAACAACCCCAUUCGCCGUUCAUCACCAGCCGCGGGAUUAGAUGACUUAUGUCGCCGGCGUUCGUUGACUCCGGCGUAGCUGCAUCCCGUACCAACGGUCAGAUUUUCUAUCAGCAUUUCAAUUCAUCGGAUACCAUCGCCGAUACCAAUUUCGGGUUUUGGGGAUUUUCAAAUCGAAUGGAUCCGAAUAUCGGGUUUUCCUCACCGUCAUUGGGCCCUUCGAAACCCGGCGCCGGCCUCUCCCGCCCGCCGCGGCUCGCCAAGCUUAAAAAACCCUUGGCGGGCCACCGCCCCAAUUUAUACCGACCCGUUCCCCAAAUGGGUGUUGAUGAAUCGGGCUUCGAGUCUACGCGCAUUGAUCCAGGCCUUAGCACUGCUAAACCCUCUGCUGAACCGGGUUCACAGAGUGUGGGUGGCGGAUUUGUGUUUGGGUCCAAUGAUAGUAGUAGCCAUACGAUUAGCAGCAACAGCAGUAAUGUAGAGACAAAUAAAGUGGUGGAUGAUAUGAUGAGAUUGAGAAUCGGGAGAGAACAGGCGUAUUCGAAUAAUACGGAUGUUAAAAUUGGUGGUGGUGGUAGUAGUAGCGGUGUUAAUACUAGUGGCACUAGUGGUAAUAUGCGUUCGAGUGGUGUGGAUCACAGCUUGCAGCAAGGUGUUGAUGAAAGUGCGGUUUCGGAUUUGCCGGAUGAGAUGAGAAGGCUGUACAUUCAAAGCGGGCAUUUGGAUAAAUUAUACGGCGGAAACUUGGAAGAACUUCCGAAUAAGAUGAAGAAAUUGAAUGUGAAAGAAUCUGAGGAUGAUAGCGCAAAGAAUUUUGGCUUUGGGAGAAGUGAUGGCAAGUCUUUAGGUGGGAACUUGGAUACUAUGCUUCCAACCAAGAUGCAAAACUUGAACAUUGAAGAUUCUUUAAAUGCUUCAAUGAAUGAGAAGGUUGCCGAUUUUCGUGGAAAUACCAAUCAGCCGAUGGACUUGAAUAGGACCAGUCCAGCUGGAAAUAGUUCUAAUAACUUCACACCUAAAACAAGCUUGCAUUCGAAUAAGAAUUUGGAUGAUGGGAAUUUGGACAAACUUUCUGGAUCAUCGAGUUCAAGGUUUAAUUUUCAGGGCGGAGUAGGGAGCAAGGAUAGUUCGACAUCUCUACCAGCGUUUGCAUCUAGUGGCACUCAUUUCAAACCGUUUGGGGGUAUACCCGAGAUGCCAUCUUUGGACAGAGUUGAUAAGAAGGUUGAGUUCAGUUUCACUAGCAGGUUGGAUACUGUGGCAGCACAAAACGUGGAGUUCAAGACACCAGAUUCAAAAGCUCACUCGUUAUUUGGGCUUAACAGAAAAGUCGAGACGAAGAGGGAAUCAGCUAAGGACAGUGGAUUAAAGAAAAAGAAGGGGAAGUUCAAGAAACCUGCCCAGGUUCCAUCGAUGUUCCAGCAAGACUUUGUCUUUCAGGGGCAUUUACAAGAAAAUGCCGAAUCUUCCGACCAAUAUUCGCCAAUGGACGUGUCUCCUUAUGAGGAAACAUUGGUUCAUAACAGUUUCUCGAGAGAGACUUCUGUGGCAUCAGAGGAGUCUGUUCAGUUUGAUCAAAAUAAUUCGUCAAAUGACAUGGUUGACGAAAUUCUAGUUUCUGCAACCGAGGGCAUGCAUAUAAAUGAAUACGAUGUGGAAAGCAACGAAGGGCAAGAUGAAGAAUCUGCAUAUUCUGGGCUUGAAGGUAUUAAGGUUGACAAUACUGAAGAAGAUGCUGUUUCAGCAGCUGAGACUGAAAGCUUUAAGUCUGCAACCGACGAAUUAGAUUACAGUACUGACUCCUUUGUUACUGCUCAAGACAAUGAAGUUAGUUCCAGCUACAAAAUCGAGAGACAAGAUAGUGAUGGCGCGACUCAGUAUAAAUAUGAUGCAGGUUCACCAGACGUGGUACAGAGUAGCUUCACUUUUGCUGCAUCUUCCUCUUCUUUGCUUGGAGAUUCUUCAGCAUCAAUGGGAAUCCAAAAGAAGAAAAUUCGAAUCAAACCUUCUAAUGAUCCAUAUAGCUCCACUCCAAUUGUCAAAGUUUCGCCUGCUGCAUCUCAGUUACCCUCAUUUCAAGUUUCUGGAUCUUCACUGUUAUCCCCUGACCAGGGUCAGAAAGGUAAUUUAUCCACAAUGUUGAGCCAAAAAAAGGAUAAGUCUGAUCAAGUUAAGGAUCUGGCUAUCAAGCAAAACUCUGCUACAGCAGCCAGCAUUGCAGCUCAGGAAUCCUGUGAAAAGUGGCGGUUGAGGGGAAAUCAAGCCUAUACAAGAGGGGACUUCUUGAAAGCUGAAGAUUGCUACACUCAGGGAGUGAAUUGUAUUUCCCAGAAUGAGACAUCUAGGAGCUGUCUUAGAGCUCUAAUGUUGUGCUGUAGUAAUCGUGCGGCAACACGAAUGGCACUUGGACGAAUGAGAGAAGCAUUAGAAGAUUGCGCAAGAGCUUCUGCAUUAGAUCCCAAUUUCCUUAGGGUGCAGGUUCGAGCUGCCAGCUGUUACCUUGCCCUAGGGGAAGUUGAGAAUGCAAAUCGGUAUUUUAUGAAGUGUUUGCAAGUGGGGCCUGAUGUCUGCGUCGACAGGAAAAUUUUGGUAGAAGCUUCCGAGGGCCUUGAGAAGGCGGAGAAAGUUGCAGAAUACAUGAAGCAGGCUGCAGAGCUUUUGAGACGAAAAACAUCCAAUGACAUAGACUCUGCUGUUUCUGUGAUUUCUGAGGGUUUGAUGAUAAGCUCUUAUUCUGAAAAAUUGCUUCAAAUGAAAGUGGAAGCUCUUCUUAUGCUGAAGAAAUAUGAAGAGCUGAUCCAGUGGUGCGAGCAAAUCGUUGAUUUUGUGGAGUCAAACUUUUUGAUGUCUGGCUUUAAUAGCCACUCGAUCGGGUUUCUUGGUUCUGAAUUUAAGAGGGCUCCUUCCUUCAAGGUCUGGUGCUGGUCACUGAUCCUUAAGUCCUUUUUCUACUUAGGAAGACUUGAAGAAGCACUCGAUUUUUUGAAGAAGCAUGAGGAACUAGUGUCUGUUGUGGAAAGUAGGGAAAACAAGGCCAUUGAAUCCAUGAUUCCGUUGAUUGGAACUAUACGCGAGUUGUUACGCCAUAAGGCUGCAGGAAAUGAUGCAUACAAAGCGGGAAAGCAUGCAGAAGCUGUUGAGCAUUACACCGCUGCCAUAUCAUGUUCUGUUGAAUCACGCCCUUUUGCAGCAAUAUGUUUUUGUAACCGAGCUGCUGCAUAUCGGUCUAUGGGACAAAUUUUAGAUGCCAUUUCGGAUUGCUCUCUUGCCAUUGCCCUUGAUGGAAAAUAUUAUAAGGCCAUCUCUAGACGAGCAGGGCUAUAUGAGAUGAUUAGAGAUCAUGGGCAAGCAGUUGGAGAUCUUCAGAAACUUGUAUCCCUUCUCACAAAAGAAGUAGAUAAGAAGACAAAUCAAUCUGGAGCAUCUGAUAAAAUGGAUAGUGUAAACGAGCUUCGACAAGCUCGAAUGAAACUUCUAGAAAUGGAAGAAGCAGCCAGAAAUGAGCUCACCCUAAAUAUGUAUCUGAUUCUGGGAGUUGAUCCAUCAGCUGCUGCAUCUGACAUUAAGAAGGCUUAUCGCAAAGCUGCGCUAAAAUAUCACCCUGACAAGGCUGGUCAAUAUUUGACUAGAAAUGAAAAUCAAGAUGACGAUGGUAUAUGGAAGAAAAUAGCGGAAGAGGUCCAUAAAGAUGCAGAGAGGCUCUUCAAAAUGAUGAGUGAGGCAUAUGCUGUACUUUCAGACCCUUCCAAGCGCUCACAGUACGAUCUAGACGAAGAGAUGCGAAACGCGCCCAACAGAGGAAAUUACGGCAACGCCUCUUCAUUCGAGAGAAGUGGAGCUAGGAGAAAUUGGCACGAGUUUCGAAGAUCAUAUGGAAACUCAAUGAGAGGGUCGUCAGAAAAAGGCCACUACAAUUGGUACACAUGAUGAUUAUUUUUUUUCUGGACGUAAAAUCCAAAUAUUCGUACGGAAGAUCACUACAGAGCUAUACAUUGUGCAGUCUUAGCUUUAUAUCAGAAUCCCCAGAAAACCGGACCCCAUUAAUUGGACUAACUUCGAGUCUCGAUUGGUGAUUCCCGAGUGAGAUUUGUUCUAAUCUGAAAUGGGAUUCCGGUUUUUGCUGGAUAAAUAUAUAUAGACGAGGAUGUGUUGUGUUCUUGUUUAUUAAUACUGACCAAAAAGAUUGGUGAACUUUUGGUGUUUGCGAAUUUUGGUCUAAAACCGACGUGCUAAUGAUACACUUAAGUGGCGGAGAUUUCGAGAGGUUUUUAACAAGUGUAGAAGCAGGAGUUUGUGAGAAGCCAAGAACCAGAAAACCUGGCUGAGUGUGUUACAUUAUAUUGUAUGAGUGUGUAUCUAUCUAUUAUUGGUUUGUAUGUUUUUUUUUUUUCGAAAUUGCGGUAUUGUGCAUAAGCUAUAAAUUCUUUUAUUUAUUGGAAGAUUUUGAAUGUUUUUCUUUAGUAUGUAAUAAAUAAGUUUUGGCUAAUGUAAUGAAAAAUUACCUUUUAUUGUUGCAAAAA